UUUUCUUAUUAUUGUUAUUAAUUGUUUACGCUUUAAAUACCGCUGUUGUGUGGCGUGUGGUUGUGUACUCACGUGUACACAGUGCUAGCCGGGUAGCAGCACAUUUAAGCUAGCAGGGCUGAGAGUGUGCAGCACAACAAAGUGAGCAGGGAGAGAACAACGGAGAGCGGUGUGAACAGGAGAGCUGCCAUCAGGACGGGACUCCUCCAUAUCCUACCACACCUCUGCUCCUCCUUCGAGCUGCCUCCCCCCAGCUGCUGGAUCCGGAGCCGGAGCUACUCUGGACGGGAUCAACGUGAAUCUGUACCCUUUUCCUCUUUUUGUUUUUAAAAAUCGGAAUGGGUUUUGAGAAGACCUAACCUGGAUGCUUUGCUGUGAACGUGCUCUUUAAAAAAAAAAAAAAGCGCCGGUGAAGUUUGCCAACUUUUGUGGAGGUCGCUUCUUGUGAAGUCAAAUCCGGGAGGGGGAACUGAACCCAGAGCCGACAUGGAUCAAGCCAGCGGUGGAGAGGACCCGAAUAAACCCUCUAAAAAGAAAUCCGGCGAGGAUGAGGGCAAAAACAAAAAGCUGAACAUACACAUAAAAACAUUGGCUGAUGAUAUGCGUGAUCGUAUCACCAGUUUCAGGAAAACAGGGAAUAAGAAGGAGAAGCUCCUUAUACAGCACCCAACAGACCCGCUCUCCAUCCUGAAUGAGAUGCCCGUUCCUCAGCCGCUGUUUGACGACCGCUCCAUGAACCUCUCGGAAAAGGAGAUCAUCGACCUCUUUGAGAAGAUGAUGGAGGACAUGAACCUGAACGAGGAACGAAAACAGCCCCUGCGUGGAAAAGACUUAAGCACCAAGCGUGAGAUGGUGGUCCAGUACAUCUCCGCCACUGCCAAAUCCAUAACUGGAAGCAAAGUUGCGGGCGGACUAAGGAACAGUAAGCAUGAGUCAACACUUUCAUCGCAAGAAUAUGUCCACGAGCUGCGUUCGGGUAUCACAGAAGAAAAGCUGCUCAAUUGCCUGGAGUCCCUCAGAGUGUCUCUCACCAGUAACCCUGUCAGCUGGGUGAAUAACUUCGGUCAUGAUGGUCUCGGUCUUCUUCUGGACGCCUUGGAGAAGCUGCUGGACAAGAAACUGCAAGAGAGUAUCGAUAAAAGGAACCAGCAUAAACUCAUCCAGUGCUUGAAGGCUUUCAUGAACAAUAAGUAUGGACUGCAAAGGAUCUUGGGAGAUGAGCGGAGCCUGUUGCUGCUGGCUCGAGCCAUUGACCCCAAACAGACCAACAUGAUGACAGAGAUUGUCAAGAUUCUCUCGGCCUUCUGUAUCAUUGGGGAGGAAAACAUCUUGGAUAAGAUACUAGCGGCCAUGACAAUUGCUGCCGAGAGGAACAAUAAAGAGAGAUUUGCCCCGAUCGUUGAGGGGCUGGAGAACCACGAGGCGCAGCAGCUCCAGGUUGCCUGCAUGCAGCUGAUCAAUGCUCUGGUCACCUCCCCGGACGACCUCGACUUCCGGAUACAUCUGCGGAACGAGUUCCUGAGAUGUGGCCUCAAGAAGAUCCUGCCUGAACUCAAAGAGACGGAGGAGCUUGACAUCCAGCUGAAGGUGUUCAAUGAGAACAAGGAGGAGGACUCCAUUGAACUCUCCCAUCGCCUGGAUGACAUCCGCGCUGAGAUGGAUGAUAUGAAUGAAGUUUACCAUCUCCUGUCCAACAUGGUGAGAGACACCGGCUCGGAGACGUACUUCCUGUCCAUCCUCCAGCACCUAUUGCUCAUCAGGAAUGACUAUUACAUCAGGCCUCAGUACUACAAGGUGAUAGAAGAAUGCGUGUCUCAGGUGGUGCUGCAUCGCAGCGGCAUGGACCCCGACUUCGGCUACAGCAAAAGAUUGGACGUGGACUUCACCCAUCUGACUGAUCAGUGCGUGGACAAAGCCAAAGUUGACGAGAGUGAGCAGAAAGCGGCCGAGUUCUCUAAAAAGUUUGAUGAGGAGUUCAGCGCACGGCAGGAGGCCCAGGCAGAGGCUCAAAAGAAGGAAGAGAGAAUCAAAGAGUUGGAGGGGAAGAUCCAGGCCCUGGAGUCCCAGAUUGCAGCAGGUCCACCUGCGUCAGGAGCAGCACCACCACUAGCAGGGGGGGCAGCAGCUCCACCUCCUCCUCCUCCACCUCCUCCGCCACCUCCACCCGGUGGAUGUCCUCCCCCUCCACCACCUCCUCCUCCUCCUUUCGGCCAUGCAGGCAUUCCACCGCCACCUCCGCCACCUCCUCCUCCAGGUGGAGGACCUCCACCACCCCCAGGUUGUGGGCCCCCGCCACCUCCGCCUUUCUUUGGGGGCCCAGGUGGGCCUCCGCCACCUCCAUCAUUACCUGUCGUCAAGCUGCCUUAUGGGCUGGAGCCCAAAAAGACCUACAAGCCUGAAACAGUGAUGAAGCGGGUCAACUGGAUCAAGAUAGUGCCUCAGGAAAUGGCAGAGAAUUGCUUCUGGAUCAAAGUCAAAGAAGAGAAGUUUGAGAAUCCUGACCUAUUUGCCGAGCUCUCCCUCUGCUUCUCCUCACAGAGCAAAGUGAAAAAAGAAGCAAAGGAUGAAACCGACAACAGGACGCCUCAAUUCAAGAAGAAGGUGAAAGAGCUUCGCAUCUUGGACUCUAAGACGGCUCAGAAUCUCUCAAUUUUCUUGGGCUCGUUCCGCCUGCCUUAUGAAGAGAUCCGGGACAUUGUGCUGGAGGUGGACGAGGAUAGACUGAGCGAAUCACUCAUCCAGAACCUGAUAAAGAACCUGCCAGAGCAGAAGGAGCUGAGUGCACUGGCGGAACUAAAGGGUGAAUAUGAGGAGCUGGUGGAGUCGGAGCAGUUCAGCAUUGUGAUGAGUUCAGUGAAGCUCCUCCGGCCGCGUCUCAACGGCAUCCUGUUCAAGCUGACGUUCGAGGAGCAGGUGAACAACAUCCGACCGGAUAUCAUGAACGUGACGUUUGCCUGCGAGGAGGUGAAGAAGAGCGAGAGCUUCAGCAAACUCCUGGAGCUGGUGUUGCUGGUCGGCAAUUACAUGAACGCCGGCUCGAGGAACGCUCAGACGUUUGGCUUCAACGUCAACUUCCUCUGCAAGCUGCGGGACACUAAAUCCAUCGGUCACAAUACAACACUUCUUCACUUCCUGGCUCAGAAGUGUGAAGAGAGUCAUCCAGAGAUCUUGGGUUUUCCAGACGAGCUGGAACAUGUGGAGAACGCCAGCAGAGUGUCCGCUGAGAUCCUGAAAAGCAGCUUGACCACCAUGGAACGACAGAUUCAGAGGCUGGAGAACGACAUCGAGAACUUCCCCAAGAAAGACGACCAGGAAGAUAAGUUUGUGGAAAAACUAUCGGGCUUCUGCAAGCAUGCCCGGGAGCAGUAUGAGAAACUUUCCACCAUGCACAAGAACAUGCAGAAGCUCUACGAGAGCAUCGGCAACUACUUUGCCUUUGACCCUCACUCCGUCAGCCUGGAAGAUUUCUUCGGAGAACUGGCCAACUUCCGCCUGCUCUACAUGGAAGCAGUGAAGGAGAACCACAAGAAGAGGGAGAUGGAGGAGAAGAUCAAGAGAGCCAAGCUGGCGAAGGAGAAAGCGGAGCGCGAGAAGCAGGAGCGCCAGCAGAAGAAGAAGCAGCUGAUUGACAUGAACAAAGAGGGAGAUGAAACUGGUGUGAUGGAUAGCCUAAUGGAAGCUCUGCAGUCCGGAGCGGCCUUCCGUGAUCGACGAAAACGGACUCCACGCAACGGUGAUCAAAGCCCUUCCAGUCCAUCCUCUCGGUGGCCGGGUGCUAACUAUGGUAACAGAACCCUAGACAACCGGCGUGCAGUCCUGGAAAGGUCUCGAUCGCGCCACAACGCAAACCACCCAGCUCGAUGAUCGCCCGCGCCUACCACAGGACGCUGGACAAGUGCCAAAGAGGCCUGCGAGGUGGAGAGCCUGAAGACGACUGAGGGAGGAGCAGACCGUCCCUCUCUGUGGCACACACACACACACACACACACAUUGACACACACACUCUCACUCAAACACACAGCAACCAAGUUCAGAACAAAACACGGCUAAAAGAAGAACUGGAGGAAUCUAUAUUACAUCACACAGACAUUUCAUUUUAAUGGCCGCUCAUCUUACACAUUACGUAUUUAUUCAGCGCUCUCCCGCUCUCUAAAUGCUCACCUCCUCUGUCGAUGGUUUCAUCCAUAACAUGAAACGGUCCACACGCUGCUGCUGCUGUUUGGAAAUGAAAGUUUUUUCCACUUGCUUGAAAAAAAGUCAGAGCCUCGAAAUCUGAAACCUCUUCACAUCAAACCGUUCACGGAGGGUUUGGAGAGAGGAAGUGCUGUGUUUUGAAAGUGGACAUUCAGCCGAGAUGGACUGCACCACGUUGUAUGUUUGUCAUCCGGAGGAACGUACCAUUCACGGAUCAUUCUGCACCCCCCCAUGUUCGAGUCCUCCCCCCCCCCCCGACUUCUCCUCUAACGAGUCAACGAUCUCUAAACAGAAGAGGGAGUUGUGUGUUUUAUUUUUUCUUCCUUCCCUUUCAAUCCCUCCUUCAACCAACAUCAAAACAAUGUUUUAAGUGUAAAUGUCUGAAAGAGUCCACAUGAGUCAUUUGUGAUUUCAUCUCCUCUAAAGCCACUAGAGCUGGACCCCGUGUGUUCGCCCAGAUUCCAGAGCAUGUGACUCAGGGAUUUUGAAAAAGUGUAAUCUCCACUUUGACAAGAUGCAUUUUUAUUUUUAGUCCGUGUAAUAUCCGACCGACGCCUCCGGGGGCUGAUCUCUGUCCCAAGGUCGCUUUUGCUGUUAACAUGAGAGACUGACAUAUUUCUAAAUGCAUAUAACUGCCUGGAGACGCCGACGUGACCUCUGUGACCUCUCCGGCAGUCACACAGGUUUCCAGUGGCUCCAUCAGUAAUGACAAACAAAAUGUUUUCAUUAUCAAACUAUUUCAAUCUGGGUAUUUGCCUUUUUUUUUUAUGUAGAAUUUAAAAUGACAUCUUUUGGAAACUGGUGGUUAAAAUAUUUAACAGCAAAAUUUCCUGGAUUUUUUUUCUGCCCCAUUGAUAAUUCAAGAAAUUUAAAUGAGCUCUGGUGUGAAGCUGAAACUUAUAGUAUCACAUUAACACAGAUAUAAUCUCCACAAAGGAACAUGAUUGUGUUUCCGCUUGUAUUCACAUUUCCAUAUAUUUAUGUAUAGAAUAUACAUAAAUAUAUUGAAAUCCACAUUUUGAUGUAUUUAUGGAGAGAGUAUACAACAGAUUGUGACAUAUAUAUUUAAGCCUAGAUGAACCACAGGCAUUAUUUUAUUCAUCAAUUGAAACGCCUUUGGGGAAAGGAGCAGUGAGAAGCUGCUAAAGGAAACCCGUGGCUCAAACACUAAAGGGUUUUUAACACUCUAUUAAAGAGCCUGUUUCCUGGCGGGAUGCUGCACAGUUGUUUUCAGUAACAUCUUCCAUCUGAUGGAGCUUUACAGCAUCCAAACAAUCCCCUGAAUCCUCUGUGUUUCUGCACCAAAUAGUGGAGGAAUGGGCUCUAAGCUCUGUUCCUCAGCAAGGACCCACUGUCACGAUUCCUUCACGUGAGCUAUUUAUUCAUAUAUUCACGCUGAGGGCGGCCCUGUCCCCUCACUGUAAGCAGAUGCUACUAAAAACAACCACUGAAUCCACAUGGAGCGUGGCCACCACCAGAUUAAUCGACUAAAGGGGGACGGCCGACAAGACGAUCCCUGUCUUAACAAGUGAGUCUCCCAACGUCCUCAGAUUCCCCGGCACACAGCAUAAGGGACCUUUUCCUCUAACACGGGGUUACUUUAGUAAUACCACCACUCUGCUCCAGGCUUUUUGUAUGAGUGUGUGUGAGUGGGCCUGCACCAUUCCAGCUCAGUACUCUGAGCAGCCGCUCGGGCCAAAUAGGAUAUCCAUGUGUUUGACUCCUGAGGUGAAGAGACGGAGAUUUGUGCCACCCCCCCCCCCCCCUUCCCCCUCCCAGCCUGCACGCUUCUGAAAAAUGCAAUUUUACACCUGGUCUCGGCUCAAGGUGCAUUCACGAAUCUGCAUAUUUAAAGAAGUCAAUAAAUCUCUGAGUAUGAGGCUGGAGCAGUUGCAGAGGGAACCCUAGAGAGGGAGGGAUGGUGCGUGGAGGGGGGGGGGGGUCGACGGAGGUGUGUUGUUACUUCCUUUUUUCAAAUCGCCCUUCGUCCUCCUCCACCGCCACAGCUGUGCAGCCUCAAGUGUUAAAAAAGACUCUUUUGCAGAAGUUCUCAUUAAACACCAGUGUCUCCCGGGUACAUUUGGUGUUUCUUCACUUUAUGAUUCCGAUGAUGUUAACGCCACAGCAGCCACUGGCUUCCUGUGGAACAUUUACAGUGUACAUUUGUUCUGAAGAAUUUGCCUAAUAACCUUUUUUCCUUAUUGUUUAAUCACCUUGAGAUAUUUUUUUUUUACCCCACAUGUGCCACUUUUUGUUUAGUGGUUUGUUUUUGGGAAAACACCACAAUGACAGAAAAUCCUUUUGUUUUUUUAAUUUUGGGAUAUUAAAGGGAGUGCAGGUCUCUCUGAAACUUUAAAAAAGAUUGUACAGACAUAAAAAAAACAUUUUUGGAUUUAUUUAAUUCAUCCUUUAAUGAAUAUUGAACUGAUUAAGAACUGUCAUUCUGAGUAUGAGAUUGUGAUGUGAUGACAAAAUGACAGUGCUGUGGUAUUUCUCAUCUGAAACACGCAAACAUCUUUUGUAGGAUGUCGCCAAUUAGGACUUUUAAAUAAAUCAUGUGUCGACUUCAUCAUAGAACUCCAUGAGCAUCAGUGUGUUCGCCAUCGUAGAAGUGUCAACAUGAACCAUUGAUUUUAUGGUGUGUACAACGCAUCAGACAAACAAUGGGGUUUGCCAUUCGUUAGACCAAGAGGCUGAAAUGUGCGAUUCUAAAUUAUUUUUCUUAUUAAAAGAAAUUAAAGCCUAAAAAAAUGUUCAACUGUCAAGAGAAGCUUCUACGAUGACAACACUCCUCAUCAGCCAUGUCAGUGAUUGUUGUAUUUCUCCCUCUCUCCCGUCUUCUAGGAUCAUCAGAGUUCUGUGUGUUAUAGAGAAUAGCAGCCGAGCUACAGAUCUCAGGUCUGAACUCUCCCGUCGUGUAGUGUCCGAUCGUCCCGUCGUCUUUUAGCUUGUGAACUAACAAACCGAGGUUAGGACUUGUGCUCAUGGUGAUUGUAAGAAUGAGGAGGCAGGGGUAGGAAAAAACGAUUUUAUCAAUACAUUUAGCAAAGGUGCUUUUUUUUCCCCCCCCCCCGUGGUGACUGGUGACAAGCAAACGCGACCUCCACCCACUGACUGUGCACUUUACCUCACGGGAUAUUCUGCUCAGGCGGAGGACGAGCCGACGUGUCUGACAUCGCCACUAACAGAGUGAACCACUUGCAAAGUCUUUUCUUCUGGUAAAGAGUUCCCAGCUGCCACAUAUCCAGUUCUUCCCUGGUUUGUUAGCGCUUUCUGUUGAUUUGCCGGGAGGCCAAUUAUGGUUGAAUCAACACACAACCCUCACAACUGUUGACAAACCCGCUCUGACCACAAACGUGUAAGCUGCCGUAUCCCUGCCUACCUUCCAUGUUGUCAUUGAGUUUGUGUUAUUGUCUUAAGAAACAUUUAUAUUUGUAACAUUUUAAGUUUAUUUGUAUCCUUGAGGGACAUGGAAACAUGGUUAUGCACACUGUCCUGUCACGGAAUAUGAUACUGAAUAAUAACCCCCUUUUGUUAUAUAAACUUAUUUCUGAAAGAUG